AUGCAACAAUAUCCGGGUCGUUGGAUGCUUUCCCCUACGCCUAUGGGAUCCGUGUAUUUGAACACGGGCCACCCGAAUAUCCAACAAUAUCCGGGUCGUUGGAUGCUUUUCCCUACGCCUACCCCGCCCCAUUCUCCCGCUUUCCAUCACUCCGCCCCAUUCUCCCGCUUUCCAUCACCCCGCCCCAUUCUCCCUCUUUCCAUCACCCCGCCCCAUUCUCCCUCUUUCCAUCACCCCGCCCCAUUCUCCCUCAUUCCACCACCCCGCCCCAUUCUCCCUCUUUCCAUCACCCCUCCCCAUUCUCCCGCUUUCCGUCACCCCGCCUCAUUCUCCCUCAUUCCAUCACCCCGCCCCAUUCUCCCUCUUUCCAUCACCCCGCCCCAUUCUCCCGCUUUCCACCACCCCGCCCCAUUCUCCCGCUUUCCAUCACCCCGCCCCAUUCUCCCUCUUUCCAUCACCCCGCCCCAUUCUCCCUCUUUCCAUCACCCCGCCCCAUUCUCCCUCUUUCCAUCACCCCGCCCCAUUCUCCCGCUUUCCAUCACCCCGCCCCAGUCUCCCGCUUUCCAUCACCCCGCCCCAUUCUCCCGCUUUCCGUCACCCCGCCCCAUUCUCACGCUUUCCAUCACCCCGCCCCAUUCUCCCUCUUUCCAUCACCGCGCCCCAUUCUCCCGCUUUCCAUCACCCCGCCCCAUUCUCCCGCUUUUCAUCACCCCGCCCCAUUCUCCCUCUUUCCAUCACCCCGCCCCAUUCUCCCUCUUUCCAUCACCCCGCCUCAUUCUCCCUCUUUCCAUCACCCCGCCCCAUUCUCCCUCUUUCCAUCACCCCGCCCCAUUCUCCCUCUAUCCAUCACCCCGCCCCAUUCUCUCUAUUUCCAUCACCCCGCCCCAUUCUCCCGCUUUCCAUCACCCCGCCCCAUUCUCCCGCUUUCCAUCACCCCGUUCCAUUCUCCCGCUUUCCAUCACCCCGCCCCAUUCUCCCGCUUUCCAUCACCCCGCCCCAUUCUCCCGCUUUCCAUCACCCCGCCCCAUUCUCCCUCUUUCCAUCACCCCGCCCCAUUCUCCCUCUUUCCAUCACCCCGCCCCAUUCCUCCGCUUUCCAUCACCCCGCCCCAUUCUCCCGUUUUCCAUGACACCGCCCCAUUCUCCCGCUUUCCAUCACCCCACCCCAUUCUCCCUCUUUCCAUCACCCCGCCCCAUUCUCCCUCUUUCCAUCACCCCGCCCCAUUCUCCCUCUUUCCAUCUCCCCGCCUCCCUCUUUCCAUCACCCCGACCCAUUCUCCCUCUUUUCAUCACCCCGCCCCAUUCUCCCGCUUUCCAUCACCUUGCCCCAUUCUCCUUCUUUCCAUCACCCCGACCCAUUCUCUCUCUUUCCACCACCCCGCCCCAUUCUCCCUCUUUCCAUCACCCCUCCCCAUUCUCCCGCUUUCCAUCACCCCGCCCCAUUCUCCGUCUUUCCAUCACCCCGCCCCAUUCUCCCUCUUUCCAUCACCCCGCCCCAUUCUCCCGCUUUCCAUCACCCCGCCCCAUUCUCCCGCUUUCCAUCACCCCGCCCCAUUCUCCCUCUUUCCAUCACCCCGCCCCAUUCUCCCUCUUUCUAUCACCCCGCCCCAUUCUCCCUCUUUCCAUCACCCCGCCCCAUUCUCCCGCUUUCCAUCACCCCGCCCCAUUCUCCCGCUUUCCAUCACCCCGCCCCAUUCUCCCGCUUUCCGUCACCCCGCCCCAUUCUCCCGCUUUCCAUCACCCCGUCCCAUUCUCCCUCUUUCUAUCACCGCGCCCCAUUCUCCCGCUUUCCAUCACCCCGCCCCAUUCUCCCUCUUUCCAUCACCCCCACCCCAUUCUCCCGCUUUCCAUCACCCCGCCCCAUUCUCCCGCUUUCCAUCACUCCGCCCCAUUUUCCCUCUUUCCAUCACCCCGCCCCAUUCUCCCUCUUUCCAUCACCCCGCCCCAUUCUCCCUCUUUCUAUCACCGCGCCCCAUUCUCCCGCUUUCCAUCACCCCGACCCAUUCUCCCUCUUUCCAUCACCCCCACCCCAUUCUCCCGCUUUCCAUCACCCCGCCCCAUUCUCCCGCUUUCCAUCACUCCGCCCCAUUCUCCCGCUUUCCAUCACCCCGCCCCAUUCUCCCUCUUUCCAUCACCCCGCCCCAUUCUCCCUCUUUCCAUCACCCCGCCUCAUUCUCCCUCUUUCCAUCACCCCGCCCCAUUCUCCCUCUUUCCAUCACCCCGCCCCAUUCUCCCUCUUUCCAUCACCCCACCCCAUUCUCCCUCUUUCCAUCACCCCCACCCCAUUCUCCCGCUUUCCAUCACCCCGCCCCAUUCUCCCUCUUUCCAUCACCCCCACCCCAUUCUCCCGCUUCCCAUCACCCCGCCCCAUUCUCCCGCUUUCCAUCACUCCGCCCCAUUCUCCCGCUUUCCAUCACCCCGCCCCAUUCUCCCUCUUUCCAUCACCCCGUCCCAUUCUCCCUCUUUCCAUCACCCCGCCUCAUUCUCCCUCUUUCCAUCACCCCGCCCCAUUCUCCCUCUUUCCAUCUCCCCGCUCCAUUCUCCCUCUUUCCAUCACCCCGCCCCAUUCUCUCUAUUUCCAUCACCCCGCCCCAUUCUCCCGCUUUCCAUCACCCCGCCCCAUUCUCCCGCUUUCCAUCACCCCGCCCCAUUCUCUCUAUUUCCAUCACCCCGCCCCAUUCUCCCGCUUUCCAUCACCCCGCCCCAUUCUCCCGCUUUCCAUCACCCCGCCCCAUUCUCCCGCUUUCCAUCACCCCGCCCCAUUCUCCCGCUUUCCAUCACCCCGCCCCAUUCUCCCGCUUUCCAUCACCCCGCCCCAUUCUCCCUCUUUCCAUCACCCCGCCCCAUUCUCCCUCUUUCACCCCGCCCCAUUCUCCCUCUUUCCAUGACCCCCCGCCCCAUUCUCCCUCUUUCCAUCACCCCGCCCCAUUCUCCCUCUUUCCAUCACCCCGCCCCAUUCUCCCUCUUUCCAUCACCCCGCCCCGUUCUCCCUCUUUCCAUCUCUUCGCCUCCCUCUUUCCAUCACCCCGACCCAUUCUCCCUCUUUCCAUCACCCCGCCCCAUUCUCCCGCUUUCCAUCACCUUGCCCCAUUCUCCCUCUUUCCAUCACCCCGCCCCAUUCUCCCUCUUUCCACCACCCCGCCCCAUUCUCCCUCUUUCCAUCACCCCUCCCCAUUCUCCCGCUUUCCAUCACCCCGCCCCAUUCUCCCUCUUUCCAUCACCCCGCCCCAUUCUCCCUCUUUCCAUCACCCUGCCCCAUUCUCCCGCUUUCCAUCACCCCGCCCCAUUCUCCCGCUUUCCAUCACCCCGCCCCAUUCUCCCUCUUUCCAUCACCCCGCCCCAUUCUCCCUCUUUCUAUCACCCCGCCCCAUUCUCCCUCUUUCUAUCACCCCGCCCCAUUCUCCCGCUUUCCAUCACCCCGCCCCAUUCUCCCGCUUUCCAUCACCCCGCCCCAUUCUCCCGCUUUCCGUCACCCCGGCCUAUUCUCCCGCUUUCCAUCACCCCGCCCCAUUCUCCCGCUUUCUAUCACCGCGCCCCAUUCUCCCUCUUUCCAUCACCCCGACCCAUUCUCCCGCUUUCCAUCACCCCGCCCCAUUCUCCCGCUUUCCAUCACCCCGCCCCAUUCUCCCGCUUUCCAUCACCCCGCCCCAUUCUCCCUCUUUCCAUCACCCCGCCCCAUUCUCCCUCUUUCACCCCGCCCCAUUCUCCCUCUUUCCAUCACCCCGCCCCAUUCUCCCUCUUUCCAUCACCCCGCCCCAUUCUCCCUCUUUCCAUCACCCCCACCCCAUUCUCCCGGUUUCCAUCACCCCGCCCCAUUCUCCCUCUUUCCAUCACCCCCACCCCAUUCUCCCGCUUUCCAUCACCCCGCCCCAUUCUCCCGCUUUCCAUCACCCCGCCCCAUUCUCCCGCUUUCCAUCACCCCGCCCCAUUCUCCCUCUUUCCAUCACCCCGCCCCAUUCUCCCUCUUUCCAUCACCCCGCCUCAUUCUCCCUCUUUCCAUCACCCCGCCCCAUUCUCCCUCUUUCCAUCACCCCGCCCCAUUCUCCCUCUUUCCAUCACCCCGCCCCAUUCUCCCUCUUUCCAUCACCCCCACCCCAUUCUCCCGCUUUCCAUCACCCCGCCCCAUUCUCCCUCUUUCCAUCACCCCCACCCCAUUCUCCCGCUUUCCAUCACCCCGCCCCAUUCUCCCGCUUUCCAUCACUCCGCCCCAUUCUCCCGCUUUCCAUCACCCCGCCCCAUUCUCCCUCUUUCCAUCACCCCGCCCCAUUCUCCCUCUUUCCAUCACCCCGCCUCAUUCUCCCUCUUUCCAUCAUCCCGCCCCAUUCUCCCUCUUUCCAUCACCCCGCUCCAUUCUCCCUCUUUCCAUCACCCCGCCCCAUUCUCUCUAUUUCCAUCACCCCGCCCCAUUCUCCCGCUUUCCAUCACCCCGCCCCAUUCUCCCGCUUUCCAUCACCCCGCCCCAUUCUCCCGCUUUCCAUCACCCCGCCCCAUUCUCCCGCUUUCCAUCACCCCGCCCCAUUCUCCCGCUUUCCAUGACCCCGCCCCAUUCUCCCGCUUUCCAUCACCCCGCCCCAUUCUCCCGCUUUCCAUCACCCCGCCCCAUUCUCCCUCGUUCCAUCACCCCGCCCCAUUCUCCCUCUUUCUAUCACCCCGCCCCAUUCUCCCUCUUUCCAUCACCCCGCCCCAUUCUCCCGCUUUCCAUCACCCCGCCCCAUUCUCCCGCUUUCCAUCACCCCGCCCCAUUCUCCCGCUUUCCAUCACCCCGCCCCAUUCUCCCGCUUUCCCUCACCCCGCCCCAUUCUCCCUCUUUCUAUCACCGCGCCCCAUUCUCCCGCUUUCCAUCACCCCGCCCCAUUCUCCCUCUUUCCAUCACCCCCACCCCAUUCUCCCGCUUUCCAUCACCCCGCCUCAUUCUCCCGCUUUCCAUCACUCCGCCCCAUUCUCCCGCUUUCCAUCACCCCGCCCCAUUCUCCCUCUUUCCAUCACCCCGCCCCAUUCUCCCUCUUUCCAUGACCCCGCCCCAUUCUCCCGCUUUCCAUCACCCCGCCCCAUUCUCCCUCUUUCCAUCACCCCGCCCCAUUCUCCCGCUUUCCAUCACCCCGCCCCAUUCUCCCGCUUUCCAUCACUCCGCCCCAUUCUCCCGCUUUCCAUCACCCCGCCCCAUUCUCCCUCUUUCCAUCACCCCGCCCCAUUCUCCCUCUUUCCAUCACCCCGCCCCAUUCUCCCUCUUUCCAUCACCCCGCCCCAUUCUCCCUCUUUCCAUCACCCCGCCCCAUUCUCCCUCUUUCCAUAA